AUGAGUACCGUGAUCCGACGCCUAGCAGACAACACCUCGGGUAUCACUGCAUUGGUAAUUGCACACCGUCUCAGCACAAUUGUUGAUGCAGACGAAAUAAUAGUCCUACGCAACGGACUUGUCACUGAAAGAGGCACACAUUCUGAUUUAAUGAUGAGGCCAGGGUCGUAUUACGCCGAUCUCUGGCGCCAGCAACGCUUAUCCUCAGUCUCAAUCGCCAGCAAUCCCACAACUAUAGAUCUGCCUGGCUAG